AUGUGGUUGAUUUCUAAUUGUCUGACGGAUGGUACAAUCAGUGUUGCAAUGAUCAUAGCUCUCCAUCAUAGUCGAAGCCCUAUUCGACAUGAAUCGCUGGCCACUACUUUACGUCGGUUGUUGUUUCUGACCAUCAGUACAUUUGGUCUUACAUUCAUUGUGGCCCUACUAUCCCUCAUAGUCCAAGCCUUACCACAUUUGAUGCCCAGCAUGUCCAUCGGUGGACAAGAAAUGUGUCGCCGCGCAUCAUUCAUUUUGAAUGGUAUUCUUCCAAGGAUUUACCUCAACUCUUUCUUCUGUAGCCUUCAGUGUGCCCGGGGCACCAAGCCGGAGAAGGUAAAUAAGAUCUCAAAGCCUGACUUUGACAAAGUAUGA